CACAGAGCACACAGGAUUCUCCAUCCCCAGACUCUUGCAGUGCUCUUUUGCCUGCAGACAGGCAUAAUUAUACUGAUCCUGAGGUCUACCAAUGACUGACAGCAUCCCACUGGGAACCAGUUCUGAGGCCUUCUGCAUAGUCUCCGCUCGCACCAGGCUGAGAUGCAGGUGAAGGAAAAGGAGGCUGAACAACAGAAGAAGAGGAUCAGGGAGCUGGAGCUGACACAGCAGCAGCUGGAAGUUGCCCUUAAUAUGGAGAUCCAGGCUCGGCUGGAGGAGGAGAGGGCCAGACUGGAGCUUGAGCGGUUGCUGCAGGCUGAAGAUGAAAAGAGGAAACAUUUCCAGCUCCUCCAGGAGCAGCAACGUACAAUGCAAAACCUCAGCCCCAUACAGGAGCUGUCAGAUGGCAGUCCCGAUGAGGACACCCCUCAGCCCUCAACUCUGCCUCUCAGGAGCUCCAGGAUCUGCAGGCAUCUCGCCAAAGAAGCCACCAGCGUCUGGAGGAGGUUCAGGAGAGGCUGAGGAAUGCCAGUCAACAUGUACGGCACUGGAACAUCCAGCUGAACCGACUGAUGACCCC